AUGGAGGAGCAGCGCCAUUCUAAUCCUCUGUCAUUGACUUUCUCUCUCUCUCUCCUUCCAGUGCUGUCCAUCCAGGCCGCCGCCAUUCAGUUCACCAAGGAGCCCAAGUCCCAGGAUGCCUUGCACGGCCGCAGCGCAAUGCUCCGCUGCGAGGUCAGCGAUCCGGCCGACAUCACGUACAGCUGGCUUCACAACGGCCAGCCCCUGGAGCACAGCGAGAGGCGCUUCGUGGAGGGCAGCAACCUCAAGUUCACGGCGGUGGAUCGGCAGUUGGACGCGGGAAACUUCGAAUGCGUCGCAGGAAACUCGGCCACAGGAGAAUACCUCCACUCCACCAAUGCCUCCUUCAAUAUCAAGUGGUUGGAAAGUGGCGGCGUAACUUUGAAGGAGCCCGCCUCAGAAGGGGACAUCGAGAGCUCCGCGCCGGUCACGUUGCGCUGUCACAUUGACGGACACCCACGGCCGACGUGUCAGUGGUUCAAGGACGGGGCGAAGUUGACGGAGAAGAGCCACCAGAUCAACAACAAGGAGAGGACGCUCACCUUCGCCAGCGCCAGUCCCGACGACAACGGCCUGUACUACUGCUGCGCCAAGAACGCAGCGGGACACGUCUGCAGCAACAGCAACUUCACUCUCAACAUCAUAGAUAAGAGUUUCCCGAGGCCGGUGGUCACUCCUGAGGACCAGGUGGUGCUGAAGAACGAGGAGGCCGCCUUCCACUGCCAGUUCACUGCCGAGCCGGCCCCCACGUUGGAAUGGUACCACGAAAAUGAGCUGCUGGUGAACAAGUCUCGUGUGAUCCUGUUAUCCAACGGCACAGUGCUGAUCACCCAGGUCAAGCCCAGGAACACAGGGACCUACAAGUGCGUCGGCCGCGGCCUCACAGGGUCCAAUGUUGCACUGGAGGCCUCCCUCCUCAUAGCCGAUCUCUCAUAUGAUACUCACAUUCCCUUAUUGACAUCCGGCCCAGCUGUACCCACCACACACUCACUCACACGCGCUGGAGAAUUUCCCUGCUUCCCCUCCAUAUUAUUUCCUCCAGCAGUCCGGCUGUUUGCCAAACUUGUUAAGCUUUCUCCGUAUUGCAACAGCACCUGGCAUAAGUAACACUAAAUAACGUACCAGUAUGACUCAAACUGGUUUAACAAGCAGUGUAAUUAUGCGCUUUA